CAUUCUUUUUGAUGAAAUCUUGUUGCAAAAUUUCAAACAUGAAAAUGGGGAAUUUUCGAACAUUUGGGAAACGAAACAAGUCACCUUUAUCUAUCAACUUUGAUGAAGUCUCUUGCACUCAAGUUGAAAAGUGGUGGAAACAAAAGCCUUGCAAUUCUUUGCCGAGUUUGAAGAAGAUUAAGAAACAAUCUACUUCAUCUUACGACCAGUUGUACUUGGACGUGGGCCAGAAGGGUGCCACCAAAGCAACGAAAUGCCGCCAAUGUGGUUUCUUUUAUACAAAAGGAGAUGAAUCAGAUGAAAAACUUCACAAAAAAGUUCACGAGGAACGGUAUUAUCACAAGGUUCGUUGGCCCAUCAAGGACAGUUCCAUAUCCUAUAUCAAAGAAUAUGAAGAUGGCUUGGUUUGGCGGGGAUAUUUGAAUGCCUCGUUAUGCACAAGCAAUAGUGUCAAAAUUGUGAACUUAUUACUCUCACUUUCUGAAGAGGAACUGGGAAAAGAUAACACUUGUCUACAGAAUGAUAAGAUCCAAAUGUAUGUUUACAUUUCCAGAGAGUCUUGUAACGCUGCAGGCAUGGUGCUAGUUGAACCGGUUGGUUCAGAAUUCAACACAGCUGGUUUCAUAGAAUGUGGUAUUCGUCGCAUUUGGAUAUCCAGGCCCUUUCGAAGAAAACAAGUUGCAACCAAACUACUCGAAACUAUUCGUAUGACAUUUAUUACUAGCUUCCUCUAUUCGAGAACUCAGUUACAUUUUGGAGAACCUCUCACUGAAGAUGGCAAAAAAUUUGCAAAAGCCUAUACAGACUGUGCUUCUUUCAAAACAUAUCUUCCAAAGUGAAAUUCCCUAUCAGUAGAAUGUUGCUU